AUGGCUUCAAUUAGCUUUAUGUACUACCUUCUUGCCUUAGCCAUGUUUUCAGAUGUUACCCUAGCUUUCUCCUCUCGUCUCAGCCCUUCCUAUUAUGAUGAUGUUUGCCCCGAAGCUUUACGCACCAUCAAACGCGUAGUUGAAGAUGCAGUGAAUCAAGAACGUCGUAUGGGAGCCUCUUUGUUACGUCUCCAUUUCCACGAUUGUUUCGUUCAAGGUUGUGAUGGUUCAAUUCUCCUCGACGAAACCUCCACCAUCGAGAGUGAAAAGAAUGCUGCCCCUAAUAACAAUUCUGUUAGGGGGUUCGAAGUGAUUGACAAAAUCAAGUCGGAAGUUGACAAAGUAUGUGGACGUCACGUGGUGUCAUGUGCUGACAUUCUAGCAGUUGCAGCUCGGGAUUCUGUGGUUCUGUUAGGAGGUCCAACAUGGAAGGUUAGACUAGGAAGGAGAGACUCCACCACAUCUAACAAAACUGAAGCAAACACUUCCAUUCCAAGCCCAUUCAUGGACUUACCUACAUUGCUUAACAAUUUCAAGAAUCAAGGCCUAAAUGCCAAAGACCUAGUCGUCCUCUCCGGUGCUCACACCCUAGGGUUUUCUCAGUGUCUUCUGUUUAAAGAUCGGAUUCACACUCAGACGGAUGACAUUGAUGCCAGCUUUGCAAGUAGGCGUCGAAUGAACUGCCCUCGUGAGGGAGGUGAUACGAAUCUAGCGACACUAGACCAAACGCCAUCGCAUUUUGACACACAAUAUUUUGACAACUUGUUGUUGAAGAAAGGGCUAUUGAAAUCAGAUCAAGCACUAUUCAGUGGCGAUGAAACAAAUGAUCUUGUUCAAAAUUAUAGUGCAAACUAUGGUAACUUUUGGAAAGAUUUCAGAGGGUCCAUGAUCAAAAUGGGUAAUAUAAAGCCAUUAACAGGGGAGAGGGGCCAAAUUCGAUCCAACUGCAGAAAAGUGAACUGA